AAGAUAAACAAGGACACAGAACAACACCAGACCCCCGGUCUGUUGCACAAAAAUGAAAGUUGGCGGCGGAGUAUUGUACGGACGUCCUCGAGCCACUGCCUUUCCCACUGUGCUUCUUGGCCAUGAAAGAGCUAGUCCGCGCUGUUCUUAUUCCUCUGCCUGUUCUGACCAUGUCUCUUUCAUUAAGGAGGUGGCAGGAACUCAACCUCCUCAGCAUUUGAGUGAGUUGAUGAAAAUGCUCAAGACAAGAGGUGAUUCUAUUAUUUCUCCAGGAGCAAAGCAAGGUUUAAUCCCCCUUGCCGUACCACUUUCAAAAAAUAGCUCAGGUGUUGUAACUGCAUUGCUCCGGUGGCCUACAGCUCCACCAGGUAUGGAUAUGCCAGUAGUUGAGGUCAAGAAGCAUGGGGUGUGGCUAUUAGCAAAGGAUGUGGACCAACUUAUCCAUAGAAUUCUAGUUGAAGAGGAUGCUAAACACGCUGGGGAAAGCAAUGAGGAGAUAUUUCAUGCGUCUGGUGAUGCUGGGGAGAAACUUUAUAAGAAGGGUGACUUUGCCAAGUCACAGAUAUCAAAACUAGAUAUCUAUAUCUUAAGAAACGUUGGUUUAUUUCCAGAUGUCUUGGAGCGCAAAGUGAAUACGCAUUUUGAGGAAGGGGACCAAGUCUCGGCUCUGGUAACGGGAGAAUUCUAUACAAAGAAGGAGCAUUUUCCUGGAUUUGCACGGCCUUUUGUAUUCAAUGCUGAGGUUUUGCUGAAGGUCGGUCGUACAGUUGAAGCUAAGGAUGCUGCUAGGGGAGCUUUAAAAUCACCCUGGUGGACUCUGGGUUGCAAAUACCAGGAAGUUGCUGAAAUAGCACAAUGGGAGGAUGAGCAAAUUGAGUACAUUAAGGAGAGGGUGAGCGAAGAGGGAAGGCAAGCAGAUCUGAAGAAGGGGAAAGCCCCUGCACAGGUUGCAUUGGAUGAAGCCGCUUUUUUAUUGGAUUUAGCUUCUGUUGAAGAGAGUUGGGAUGAAUAUGUGGAGCAGGUUGCUAAUUGUUAUAAAGAGGGUGGUCUCCCCGAUAUUGCAAAAUUUGUGCUAUACAGAGAUUGAUACGUUGAUAGUUAAGAUAAAGGGAUUUAAGUCAAACUGAAUGUACAGCGUCAUGAAACUGGCUUCAUGACUGGAGAUGAAGUUAUUUAGUUGAGCAUUAAUUUGUGACAGAUCUUUCUGAAUUUAUCUAUUACAUUUUUUCUGGACACGUUUUAUGGCAUCA